UUUUAAAUAUUGACAUUUAUUGAUCCUCUCAUGGAACCAACAGUGGAAAAAUGGCUCAAACAGCAGCUAAAACAUACUGUCAAUCCUGGGAGUCUGCAAACCUCAUCAAUUAGAGUUAUCUUUAUCAAGAUAAAUCACAGUUCUAUCACUUUUUUCUUCCAAAACAAUAAACAAUCUAAUAAUUACCCAUCAAACAGUCAAGCAGUACGUCAUUUUAAAGGGCAAAAAACACUUAGAUCUAGGAAAAAACUCGAUUUUUGUUGGUUUUUUUCUUGUCAGAAGGUACUGGAAGUUGAGUUUAGUCAGGGAUAACAAUCCUUAAAAAAUAGCUUGAUUGGGGCAGAAUAUCCAAGAAAGACACAUCCUGGCUUCCCACAAACUGAACAGGCGGCGGGCGGGUUCUGUUGUAGGCCUGAAGCUGGACUCCCUGGUGACGGUUCCAGAGGAGGACUAUGGACACACUACUGGACGAACAGAGGAGCUCAUUCAUUGACAGACUGCUCCUUCCCAGUUGCAGGAACCAAUAGACGUAAAACUUGUUUUGUUCAUCUCACCAUCAGACUCCACAGCUCAUUCUCAAGGUGGGAGGAGGAGUAACAGGACAGAGGAUGGGAAGGACAGUAGCACUAGUAAUAGUAAUAGUAGUAGUAGUAGUCUGUCUGUCUAAUUCCAGUGUCUGGGAUUGGAUUGUGACAUCUUCUGUGAGAAAUGUUUAUUAAGAUACUGGAAACUCUCUGCUCAAAUGUUGUAGAUUUACCCUGUAUAUCUCCCCUCACAAGAUUGGCUGUCCAUAAUCAGAUCUGCCGUAAGACAGAUCGCUAUAGGAGAUCCUUCCUGCCCACAGCCAUCAGCGUCUGCAACGGAUGAUGACUGCAUCUACAUUUUUGAAUUGAACAGAAUAACAACCACCUUCCCCAUCUGUUUGUGUACUUUUCAACAAAAAGCCCGUGCCACUCACAAUAUGGCGGCGGCGUUCGCGUUGGUGCGCGCCAACGUCUUCACCGUCAACACUGCCACUCUGCGGUGUCGUGUAGGACCUCCCCAACAUUUCCGCAGCCCACAAAUGGUGGACUGGCUUCGGUAAACUCUUCGCAAUUGGCCCUCGGAGCUGUCGGCAACGACACCUCGCCCUCCUCACAAGCGAAGAGAUAACCAGAACGAAAGCAGAGACGUUUUAGAGCCAAGGCAUACAGCUGUGAAUCGAGUCGCUUCCGACCUGUUUUCCGGGUUUUUUUUAAAGUCUGCUCCAGACCUUUGUUUUUGGGGGUUUACUCAUGUCCUUGUUGAGCUUUGGCGAUUUGGACAGCGUGAAUGAAACAGCCUUGUUAUCAUUCAAGACCAUAUGCUGAGAAAAGCGAGGUGGAAGAAAGAAGGGAACGACAGUAGAAAAAAAAGAGGCUGUUUGGAUCCGGAGGACGAAGCGGCUAGCUUCCGGAGCUGUGAGGGAUAUCUACUCUCAACGUGACAUUGAUAACUGAUAGGAGAUAAAACCGAGGAUAAUCUGCGGCCGGGGAUCGCCCCGACAAUCUGCUGGCGUCGAAAAGAAGACAAAUUAGUUUGCGUGGUGUUGAACAAGACACUAGAUUGUGUCAGCGCUGUCCUCUGGAGGAAAAGGGAAACAAAAACAAAGGAAACGCCUCGGUUCAGGAUGAACCAUCUAACCUUCAGUGAGCUAUGUUGCCUGUUCUGCUGUCCACCGUGCCCCAGCAAGAUCGCCUCCAAGCUUGCCUUCCUUCCUCCGGAGCCCACCUACAGCCUCAUGUGCGACGAAAGCGGCAGCAGAUGGACGCUGCACCUCUCAGAGCGGGCUGACUGGCAGUACUCUGUGCGAGAAAAGGACGCCAUCGAGUGUUUUAUGACACGCACUUCCAGAGGGAACCGCAUUGCCUGCAUGUUUGUGCGCUGCUCACCUAGUGCCCGCUACACUCUGUUAUUCUCCCAUGGAAAUGCAGUUGAUCUGGGCCAAAUGAGCAGUUUCUACAUUGGCCUGGGCUCACGGAUCAACUGUAAUGUCUUCUCCUACGACUACUCGGGUUAUGGAGCCAGCUCUGGGAAGCCGUCGGAGAAAAACCUGUAUGCAGAUGUGGAUGCCGCAUGGCAUGCGCUGCGAUCACGGUACGGCAUCCGUCCGGAGAGCGUGAUCAUCUAUGGUCAGAGCAUUGGCACAGUGCCCUCUGUGGACCUUGCCUCUCGCUAUGAGAGUGCCGCAGUCAUCCUCCACUCCCCGCUUACCUCUGGCAUGAGAGUGGCUUUCCCAGACACCAAGAAGACCUACUGUUUUGACGCCUUUCCAAACAUCGACAAGAUUUCCAAGGUAACAUCGCCUGUCCUCUUGAUCCACGGUACCGAGGACGAGGUCAUCGACUUCUCCCAUGGCCUGGCGCUGUAUGAACGCUGUCAGCAUCCAGUGGAACCUCUCUGGGUGGAGGGGGCCGGACACAAUGACGUGGAGCUCUAUGGACAGUACCUGGAGAGGCUCAAACAGUUUGUUGCACAUGAGCUGGUCAACGUAUAGAGCUGCUUGAAGUGAGAGCAGCAGAGAAGAAAGCUACUGUUGAAAAGAUGGCCUGAGUUAUUGUUUCUGCGUGAAUUAUUAAAGGAGAAUCGGUGUUUGUCUGUCUUGAACUGACUUCGUGGUGACUCACACCUCACUUAGUCGAGGCUCCCCCCACCCCCCGUUUGGCUCUCUACUUUGCCCAGGAUUACCCUGAUCCUUUUUUCACUGGAAACCUCACCUCAGUAUAAAUCAUUUCCUUUGCUUUCAAAUCCCUUUAUGUUGGACACUGCAGAUUACGAAUAUGGCAGAAGGGGGAAAAAGACGUGCAAGGACAAUAUUGGAGUUCAUUCAGUAAUUACAGAGUAAUGAAGUAUCAUGUAUUUUUGUUCCUGCCUUAUGAGAGAAGGUCCGUGGUUCUUAAUGGAGACAUGCAUUCCAGGAAAUGGCCUUUCUACAGACUAAUCAGUCUAAACCAAGUGGACUCAACAUGAUCUUACACACUGCAUCUGAUUAUUGUUUUCUCUCCUCUCUGAGUACUGUUAUUUUUUUAUUUUUUUUUACACAACACAUGAGAUUUGCACGUUUGUCAAUGAAGAGCUGAACAAAACAAACUAACAUUUCACCCAUCUAUGCCAGUUUGCUAUUUUUAAAAAUAUUGCAGAGGUCUGCAUUAAUGAUGAAGAGUAAACCUUUACAUCACCUCUGUAUCUGUUUAAAUGUAAAUGGUACAGCUUGAUUAUAAAUCCUUUAAGUAAGAUGACGGUUAGAAGUGAAAGGUUUGGUCAAAUGCUUGAGAGUAGGUUCUGUCCAGCCACUUCUUAGUUUGGUUUUAUGUAUUGUUGAUUUAAAACACCCCUCCUCAUAUUGCUGAUAAAUAUGUUUUCAGAACAUCUGUGGACAAAAUUCUGACGUUUUGGAAAUUAUGAUUCAUCCAUAUAUAAUGAUUAUUAUGAGUCCAAGUUUGGUACACUUUCUGUCUCUUGGCUUUAAUAUAUCAAAUGGAAUAAUUAUGAUAGGUCUACUUUUAUUUAGCUGGGUUAGAUUAUACUUAUUGUAUUUUUUUUUUUUUUAUAUAAACAUAAAUGAAACUACUGACACUGCUGUCAAUUCUGAAAGACCACUAUUGCUAAUCAGGAUGGGUUAUGAUCUCUGCUAGUCUAUAUCAGUUUCUCAGUUCAGGAAGUUGGUAAAAAUAUUACAAUGGAUUGUUUGGGGUAAAAGUAUUAUCUUUUUCCUUCGGUUUAUAUACGCUGGACACUUUAACUCCAAGCCUGGCUCUCGAGUCUGUACUGUGCUGAGACAAUGAGUUCUGUCAGGAUGACUCCAUCAUGGCCAAAAAUGUUUUGCUUUUGUGUUCAUUUUAUCUUUCUUCACCAUGUUUCUGAAAUCAUUGUUUCAUUUGCCCUUUAAUUCUGAGAGCGCCAAAAUAGACCUCUGUCUCACUGUCAAACCCUUAAAAUGAAAAUGUCAAAGUGCUGCUGUGUGCCAUGAACAGCGUUUACUGUUUUUUUUUUUUUUUUUCCUGGCAUGCAGACAUUCAACUGCAAAAGAAAUGUCAUUUUCUUUUUGGUUAUUUUUACUCUUGGGACAGUUGAACUUUUUGUUUGGUCACAGUUGACAAUAAGCCAACCGGUGCUACUGUAAACCUUCAGGUCUGGCUGGCUGCUUGCUCCAAGAGCAGAAACAACUAGCCGUUUGUCAGAUUGACCAAGAUCCACACCAGGAUUGGGGACAACUUUUUUUUUUUUUUUAUGCGAUCAUGUGUUGAUACUUUUGGGUUUUUUCUUUUCUUUUUUAUUGUAUUUUAUUUUGAUCUAUAGACAGAUUUUUCACUGUAAUAUGCUCAGAACAUAUAUUUACAGUUUUCCUUUUUUUCCACAAGCUUUUGUUUGCCUGGAUUUUUUCUUGUCUUUUAAAACCCUUGAUACGGCAAGGCUGUCAGGCAGCCAUGUAAUCCGAUUUGAUUUAGUUUGUAUAGCAUAUCUCAAUGCAAAGAAACUAUGUAUUAACAUUAAUAUAGUAAUUCUAACAUGGAUAGAGAAAAUAAAAUUGUAUGUGGAAGAAUUA